CACUUCAUGAAGAUGCAUGCGGAGAAGAAACACAAGUGCGCCAAGUGCAGUAAUGGGUACAGCACAGAAUGGGAUUUGAGGAGGCACGCCGAGGAUUGUGGGAGGACGUACAGCUGUACGUGUGGGUGCCCAUACGCCAGCAGGGCAGCACUCCUGUCCCAUACCUAUAGAACAGGCCACGAAAUUCCCAAAGAACACAGGUAUCCUCCUGUGAAGAAAAGAAAGAUGGAGCAGCAAGGUUGUGCAACAAAAGUCAGAUCUAAUGAGAAGGUGUAUGAAAUGGCAGGUUCUGAAAAAGAGCUCUCAGAAGGCGCUAUCCCGACUGAGGGCGCCUGCCAAAUUCCCGACUCGCUGAGCCACAACCCCGGUCCCCCCAAGAACAUUCAGAAGCUCCUCCUGCCCAAGCCCAAAGUUGCCCUGGUCAAUGUCCCUGUAAUGCAGCUUGCUCACCUACCUGUCCUGAUCCCACCAGCUGACAGCAGUGCCUUGAGGUCUGUGGUCCUGGCUGUGGACGCCCAAGGGUCCCUAAGCACAGUACACCUCCUGCCUCAGUCUAUGGGAGCAGUGGUGCCUUCUCUUAACACUAAGACAGUGAGACCAGGCUUGGAUGCCAUCAGCACUGGGGUGCAGGUGAACUUAGAAAGUCUGGUCUCUGUUCGGGAGCCUGUGAAUGAACUGGGACAGAGGAGUAAAAGUGCUUCAGCAGAUAUUCAGACUGAUAUAUCAUACCUCAACAAGCCGCCUGUUGGGGGCGUGAUAACAUCCCCCAUAGGUGAGGCCUCUGUCUCCUCAUGGUCUCAGACUGAUAUUAGUGUGAGCGCUCAGGUUCAGCUUCCAGUCAGCGUCCAGACCCAGACAUUUCCCUCACGGGCCAAAGCUACCACAGGGGCACAGACGGACACUCUCAGCCUGUUGUCUUUCCCACCCUUUAAUGUCAGUAGGGAAACACAAACUAAUUGUUGCGUUGGAGUCAGGGAAGAUAGAGCUCAAAUGGACCAAGCUAUAAUGUGUACAGAUCUUUUUGAUGCCGAUUCGCUCAGUGUUUCCACCCAGACCCCCUUGACUAAUGAGCCUUUCCAAACAAAUAGUGUGGCUGACUCCUUAAGUGGUUCUGAGUCUGGGCACUAUGACACCAAAACUACUGGGCCUAUCUGCUUUGGGGCACAAACUGAUGUGCUUCACCAAAACACAGUGGCAGACAACCAGACCCAGACUAUGACUCUCCUCAAUGACCUUGAGCACAUCCUUUCCAACAGCAUGGGCGGUACGGCCCUUGAGGGUGACCAGACACUGUCAGAUUCAGCAGAAAGUUGCAGUACAGGUUUAGUACCUGUGCAAGAGCAGCACACAGGGAUUGACUUUGACUUUGAGGAAUUUCUGAAUGCAACACAUAUCCAGACACAGACAGAAGAAAGUGCUUUGGGGGGACUUAAUACAGAGACACCCUUGGAGCAACUUGACAUUGAGACACAAACUGACUUCCUACUUCUUGAUAAUUUGAGAGGUAGUCACCAUAGUGAUGUGGGUACGAGGAUACAGUCUAACGACCUCGAGUUGGAAAUGUUUGACACCCAGACCCAAACAGACCUGAAUUUCUUACUGGACCCAAGUGGGCACAUGCCCCUUGGUCGCAUUCUGAGAGAGUCCAGCUUCAAUAUGAGUACAGAGUCUUCGGACACAGAGACCCAGACUGAUGGCCAACCCGCUCCUCUAUCCCUGCCUUGUACAAAUGACGGUCAAGUGAGACUCAGCAGCACAGAGACUCAAACUGUCACAAGUUCUUUUGACAGCCUAAGCCAUCUCUUUCUGACAAGCAAUGAGACGCAGACGGUCAUGGACGAUUUCCUCUCGGCAGACUUGGCCUGGAAUGUGGAGUCCCAUUUCAGCUCAGUGGAGACUCAAACUUGUGAGGAGCUGUUCUCACUUCUUCAACACACUGAGAGACCCAACAGCUGA